UUAGACACAGUCUGUUUGCCUCACAGAGCUGUGAGCUUACGUUGGAAUCGGAGAUACUCUAUUUGCUCAUCAAUACAGAUGGCAAUUCUCCAAACAUUCUGAGACUCUUCUCUUGAAACACAAAAGCUUUGAGGUCAUCAAAGCAGGACCAAGUACCAAGAUGCCCCUGAGAACAUCCUUGAACAGAAAGCCCUCAUCUAGCCGCUGGUCCAGUAGGAAGCGCAAGGAUGUGUUGUCAGUCAGCAUGAUCAGCCGACCACUGGCCGAUUUUCGUCACAUUACACACAUCGGCAAUGACGCCCAUGCGGACAGCUUCGGAGACCUCUCCUUUCUAAAGAAGGGUCAUAGUCUUCUGCUGCAAAGCUCCCAGAGUGAGCAGAACAUUUUCAUGGCCUGUUCCCCACCACCAAAGCCCCCACGACUCAACCUGGACGAACCUGAAGGUUCAGAAAGCCCUGAAUGGGGGUCGCAGAAGAGAAAAAAAUGCAGCUCAAUGCCACUACUUGAUAGUGAUGAUGAAGAAACCGAAACAGAGCCAGAUAUCCAAAGAGUAAAUCAUGGUUUAAGGCAGAAUUACAGCCCUAAACAGUACACUGAGCAUUCAGACCCUGGAGAGGAUCAUUCAGACAAUAAUGCAACAACAUCAAAAGAUGAGGAUAGUGGAUUUUCCUUUAGCCUUGACCUGGGCCCAUCCAUCUUGGAGGAUGUACUACAAGUAAUGGACAAAUGUCAUAAUUAAGGACAAAUAAGGAGCAUUUCAGUAGAAUUAUCAUGGAUUAUAAUAUCCUGCAGUGAACCAGGGUUAAAAUCCAAAAAGCAACAGACUGUACUAGUUUUUUAUGGCAGCCAGCGUGAGCAACAUCAAGUUAAGGUUCACUUAGGAAUGCAUGCAGGGGACUAACAAUUGACCUCCUCCCGUGACAUUCCAUUGUUGCACAUUUUUACCUCAUAUUACUUUGUUGUAAUAACCCAAACCGCGCCAUACAGCACCAAGGAUGGCUGUUCAGACUUAAAAGUGCUUUGUGUUUAAAGAAGAAAAGCUGCGGCUACAAGCCAAGGUCCUCUAGCUGUGAUGUCUUGGCUCUUGGCGUGCUUGCCAAUCUAUUGUGUGCACAGGGCCAUUUAUACUCUGCACGCAUCCCAGAGGCCCUGCUCUUAGGUAGACCAAGGUACCCCCCAUCUCCUAUUCCCAACAAUGCAGUAAAAACAAACACUUAGCUCUGCUUUUAAUAAAAGCCAGGCUAUAGUGGCGGAUUGGGCUGCAGACAAAGCCAGGCCACAAGUCCAAGACCUCAAAAAGGAAAAAAGUCAGAGCAGGCUGUUUUCUUAGCUGCAAAUCAGAGUCCAAUGUUCUGGUGAUGGAGCACG